ACCCGAGUUGACUUAAACUCCAGGGCCGCUCCGCAGACGCGUCCUCCCAGCUCGCUCUGGCUGGCUUAUACGCCCAUCGGACCAAAGAAGUAAACACUGUAUGCAGGUACUGACUGUAUGCAUGUACUGACAUGUUUGGAGGGAAAUGGGAAUAUACAGAAUAAUGAAGGAGUAACUAUUUAAAGAAAACUUUGGCUACUCCUGUGCAGAUAAGGGGAUUUUUAAGUUGAGCCUAAUUGGAGUUUGCCCGAUUCCUGACAUUCAAAACAACUGGCUUUUAAUAACACUACUCCUGCAUUGAAUCAACAAUGAAUUGGAAUGCAAAACCAGAGAGUGUCACCUUGCCACCACAGUAUCCUAGAAAACAGACAUCUUUUUUGGAGCAGGCUUUAGUAAGCACACUUACUACAACAUCUCAAAGUACUUUAAACCACCCUGGAAGUAACCAAGAAGCAUGCCUAUUUCUCAGUAAUUCAAAUCCAGUUUCACAGCCAUUGCUCAACAACAGAAAUUAUAAAACUCCUCAACAAAUCCCUAUUUCUGAUAUGCAUAGUGGGACAAUUGUGACCUCCCAAACUUCAGUAGAAAGAAUAACAUACACAAAUGUGAAAGGACCCAAACAAUUAAAUCAGGAUUUGCAGAUGUCUUCAGGAGUUACACAAGAUAUGUGGCUGAACUCACCAAUGAGGAAUUCUAUGCUCUCUCAUACAGGGGCAACUGUAUCUCAUCAAACUGGUUUUGGCACAAAUCCGCCCAAUGUACAUGCACUACAGAAUCAGUUUGUGACAUCAGACACGUAUUCUAUGCAACUACAAAUGAUGCCUUCUAAUUCUGGAAGAGCUCCCAUAACUUAUCAGGACAACCCGAGACUUAACCCACCUUUAUCAGAGCAACAGGUUGACUGGCCACAGCAGUGUGCCUCCAGUGGACUGGCUUACCCUAAUUACAGACCACUUCCAAAGCAAUAUGGUUACUCAUCACGAAGCUUUGUGCAAGGUCCUACUCUUCUGAAACAAAACACUAUGUCAGCUGGGUCGUUACAAGUUAAAAAUAGUCCAUCUGCAAAUCCUGCCCUCCCUCUACAGUCAAAGCAGAUUGCAACCGUUCCGUCCUAUCAAUAUGCAGUUACUCACACUGACGAAAGACCUCCUCCUCCUUAUGACUGUAGAUAUCCAAGCCAGCCCCUGCAAAGUAUUCAGCAUGUUGUUAAACGCUCUUGUAUGGAUGGUCCCCAGACUCAAGAAAUGUACUUGCCUGAAAUGGGGAAAGACUUUUGUAGAGGCUUUCAACAGCAGUGGCAAAACUCAAAUGAAAAUUUCAGCAUGAUGGGAAAUACCUGCAACUUGAAAGUAAACACCAAUGUUGGUCAGUCUUUUAACAGACCUGUUAGAUCUUCUCUGGAUAGUGUCCAGGCUCUUGGUCAGAAUACUCAAGAGAAAAGAGUAGAUUCUGGAAACCUGACUUCAAAUCAGGUAUUGGACACACGUGCCACAAAAGAAAAGUUAGUGAGGGACAUUAAAACAUUAGUAGAAAUAAAAAAGAAGUUUUCGGACCUUGCAAGGAAAAUUAAAAUUAAUAAAAGUCUUUUGAUGGCAGCAGGUUGUAUUAAAACAACUAGUAGCCCUUAUAGCGAUUCAGCUCAAAAUUCUCAGUUUUCUCUGAAACAAACUGCCGAAGUACAGUGUGGGCCACAAGUAACCAUAGUCACUCCAGAAACCAUGGAGAAUAAAUCACCAAUAGUAAUGGAAUCUUCAGAAGUAGCAAAUAAAACACACAGUCCAUCGAAUUCCAACCUUCAGGACAGACAUUUUAACCAGGUCAGUUCUGUUUUACUAAAUUCUGUCCCUUCGGAAAAGUUGCCAAUUCCAGAACAGUUACGUGAUUUGAAAGUUGUGACUUCUUCAAAGAUGUCAACUGUUGAGAUUCCCCAUGCCACAUCAAAUAACAUCCAGUUUUCAUCAGGAAAUCUUGUCAAUAGCACAAAAAAUGUGCCAGCACAUUCUGAGACAACUCCUCUUCCUCAGUUCAUGACUUUUGAGGAAUAUAUUUCAAAACAUCCAAAUAAAAAUAGGCUAGUGCUUAGUUUACUUGCACCUGGAGGUAAAAUUGAGAGGAAAUUAUUAAAAGACACUAUUGAAACUGUUAAGGAUUCCAAACUGCGUGGUUCUGACCUGAAUCCAAAUACCACUAACACUGGUAACCUACUGAAUUUGAAAACUGCGGAAGCUACAAGUACUUGUAAUAUAAAUGCCAAGAUUUCAGACAACUCUUCUGGGUUUGAGCAUAAAUCCUUAAAUGGAAUGUCUUCGAAAAGUGAUGGUCACUUUUCCAUGGAAUUACUAGCAACAUGUCUCUCUUUGUGGAAAAAGCAACCUUCAGAACCUACAGUAGAAAAACAGUCAAACGAGUCAAAAACAAACAGAGCCGCAGCUGGAGUUUCAAAGCCUGUGGAAGUUUGUGAGACGAGUCCAUUUUCAGCUGUGGGGAAUUCGCAGAAUAAGGUCACCAGCAGCUCACAGGAAACAGUUUUGUCAAUGGUAACACAGAAUUUCGAGUCUUCAGGUUCAACUACUACAAAAGGAAUUGCCGUAGUGUCACCCUUAAUUCUUUCAGAUGUCAAAACAUUGUCUGUCAAAGGUACAACACCUGAAGCCUUACCUGAAACGGCAUACCCAGUUAUUAAAGAAGGCAGCAUUUGUAGUUUACAAAAUAAGUUAGAAAAUACUGCUGCUUUGAAGGUUAGUGUUCAUGAACCAGUGGCAAGUACUACAAGCACCAAGAUUUUCCCACCGAUUCAGAAGGAAAAACAAAAUGAGUCCACUAAUGCUAAUUCAGAAGGCACACCUAAUACCAGUCAAGGGAAGCAUAAUGAAACAGAACCAGAUGUCCAUUGUCCUGUGAGUGAUCAGCAGACCUCAUAUGUAUCAAAGGACAGUGAUGAUGUGCACAGUGAUGUAUUGCAGAUUGGUAAUAUUUGUUCUCUUGUUGAAGGUGAUACCUCUUACAAUUCCCAAAUAGCAAAGAUAUUCAACCUGCACCCUUUGGAAAAGGUUGAGCAACAGAAACCUCUACUGAGUCACCAAGUGACGAGUAGUAGACAACAAAAUGAACAAGUAGACGUCACUGAAAGUAAAGACUUUGAUUGUCAAAAAGAUAACUUUGUACAGUGCACAGAUACUUCCCAUGAAACAAUUGAUCAGUCAAAGUUACUGCAACCUCCAGAAUCAUCAUCUUUGAAGUACACUGAAGCAAAGAGGGGCAUUCCAGAGGAAAGCAGCUUGGAACAAAUCACUGAAAUCGAAAGCCUGGCUGAUGAUGUGGUUUCAUCAGCUGCUAUUCAGCAGGAUAGCUGCCCUCAGGAAACUGACAUGUCCUGCAGUUACACUGCGCAGGAUCCUACAAAAAAUGAGCUUCUUGAUGAUGAGACAUCCAUCCUCUACCUACAAGAUCAGCUGUCAGAACUUUUAAAAGAGUUUCCCUAUGGUAUUGAACCUGUGAACAUGCAUGAGGGUUGUGCGGUCCAACAAAUGGCAGACCCCAUUUCAAAACCUCACACUUGUGAACACACUGGUUGUGACUCCAAAGACUCAACAGACCAGAUACAAAUUACAAUACUAAACUCAGAGCAAAUGAAAGAAUUAUUUCCUGAACAGGAUGGUCCACCCAAUGAGGUAGACGGAUUGACAGAACUUCAGGAAGAAAAGCCUGUCACAAAAGAAGGGAACCAGUGUGACCCACAGGCACGUACCAUUGAAGAAAGUUGUGAGUCUGUCGUACUGGAUUCGGGAAAAGAUGAUGUCCGUUGCUGUGCCUUGGGGUGGCUCUCUAUGGUUUAUGAAGGAGUACCUCAGUGCCAGUGUAAUUCCAUUAAGAACUCGGCUUCAAAGGAAGAAAAAGGGAAAGAUCCGUGUUCUCUGGAGGCCAAUACCAACAGUUAUAAACGAGGCGAGAGGACCUCUGAUGGAGAUGACUCUGUCACAUCUGAGAAUCCUCCAGAUAAUCAGAAACUUCCUCUGACUUUUCCAGUUGAGGAAAAACAUUUUCCUGAAACAGAGGGAGGCCGGAACAUAAAUGAUAAAUCAGAAACAGAACAGAACAGCUCACUAAGGACAGAGCAAGAAUUACCUGGUCAGUUUUUAUGUAAAGGUGGUAAGAGACUAGAUUCCUUGCAGAGACACAAAAAGAAACCCCUGCAAUUUCAUGAGGUCACUUUUCAGUCCACUAAUAAAACUAUAAAAAUUUGUCAAGAGAGCUUGCAGAGGAAGCUUAUGGCACAAAAUUUACGUCCGCUCAAACCAAAGAUGGGGUUUUUGACGAGUAAAGAUUUGCAUGUGAAAAAUGCUUCUUUAGUACAGUCAAUAACACCAGAAAAGAGAAAAUUGAAAGCAGGUGGCUCUAAACACAAAGUUUUGGAAAAAAGGAAGUUGGAUGAUGGGAGCAUACAUGAUUCAGAAGUAAAGAAGAAGAAGUAUGAUAAACAAGAGCAGAAUAAAAAUGUGGGAAGUGGUACAUUUAAAUUGUACAAUUUCUCAACCCCAAGUGAAAGAGCUAUGACUAAAGAAAAGACAGUUUCAAAUGUUAAGUCUUCAGGCUCUAAGGAUGGUUCAUCUAAAAUUAAUCGAGUUCUGACAGCAAAGGAGUACCUAGCAAGGCAGAAGCAUAAAGAAGCAGUGAGUGGCAAAAUGUUAAAGAAAAACUGUCUGAAAAAUCUGCCGUGUGAUUCUCAGUACAAGAAGUCCAAUAAAGUUACUGCGCAUGUGGGAAGUUAUGGGAAAUCAUCCGAGAGACAAAACAGCAAUGUACAGACCUCUAAAGAAUCAUUACCUAUUAGUUCCAACCAUGGUAAAAGCCUCAAAAUCCAUCAUUCCAGGGACUCUAAAACCCACAUUUUGAGGAAUAUUAAAGGAACAGUUGGUGGAAAGCAACCUGAUAAAACAUGGAUUGACAAAACCAAAUCAGACAAGAAUGUAAACAAUAUAAAUAAUGAAGCUGAAUUCAGCCAAAUGUCUUCCCAAGCAAAGGAUCAAAGGAAAACGUACCUGAAUAGAGUUGGAUUUAAAUGCACUGAACGUGAACGCAUUUGUCUCACAAAAUUAGAUGGUUCACCCAGGAAGCUCAAUAAAGAAAAAAGAGCAGAAAAUAAGCCCAAGAACCAUGUACCUGGGAAAGAUACCUCAGAAAAACUAAGCAUGCUGGAGUUUAAGUUAUGUCCAGAUGGACUGUUUAAGAAUCCAAACCCUGUUGAAGACCAGAAGGAUCUGCAGCCUUGUCCUACGAAAGAGCAAGCUCCUGUGCAAGUUUCAGGAAUAAAAAGUACAAAAGAAGACUGGUUAAAAUGUGUGACUGAGGAGAAAAAGAUACCGGAACCCAAUCAAGAAAUAGAUGAUGUGUUGGCUAAUUCAAGACUCUCCAAGAGAAGCUUCAGUGCCGAUGGAUAUGAGACACAACAAAACCAAGUAAAAGAUUCAAAAGCAAUGUUUCAAACCUACAAAAAGAUGUACAUGGAGAAGAGGAGCAGAAGUCUUGGUAGCAGUCCUUUAGAAUAAUUUUGAGACUUAAUUCUUCUCAUGGUCUGUAAUUGCCAUCAGAAGAUUUCACUUUCUGUUCAGAAUAUUUUUCUGGAAAUACUAAGUGUACCAUGAUAACAUUUCUCAGUUUGGUUACCACUUAGGUUAUGUGUAUCUUUGAAAUUACUAACUAAAUUGGCUAGAGAGCCUUAUUUGUGAGUUGCAAACAUAAGAAAUAGGUGAUAGGUGAUAUUUGUCAGGGGAACUGUAAGGUAUUGAAUUCUGACAUUAUUGAACCAAGUUUACCAUUAUUUUAAAAGGAAUUUUUAUACUAAUCUUGUUUUGAAAUACUAACAAUUCAUCCUAAGGGAGACCUAUUCCUUAAGGACUUAUUUCCACUGGGACUGUAUAUUUUUGUUUCUAAAACUUAGUAGCAAAACAUAUUUUUCAGAAAUGCUCACUGUGAACAUAAAAGUAUAUUCUUAAGUAUUUUAUACUGAAUUGUAAACUUUUUGUCAGAAGUCUUGUUUUAUACUUGUUGAACUGCACACAAUUUUUGGAUAAUGUAAACAUUACUUUUCAUACUUGAAAUAAACAUUUAUUUUUAAAAAAAUA